AUUCCUGUGGCGAGGGGAAACUACUUCCGAGUCAGGUUUUCCUUCUCUUGUAGCAUGGUGGUGAAAUGAUACCAUGUGUGAGCUAGUAACACCGAACUAAUCUCAUUAUGAGUUCGCAGAGGAGUAACACGUCUCGUUCGCGAGGCCAGAAGUACCAAAACACCAUCGCCUUCAAAAACGACAAAUAUGGAGCGAGUGUACAAGUAAAGAAAGCAAAUUCCAAGAUCCACGAUGGACUCUGUCAACACUGCAAAGAUGUUCUUGAGUGGAAAGUCAAGUACAACAAAUAUAAAUCUCUAACACAGCCUCGGAAAUGUGUCAAGUGUUCUCAGAAGACUGUGAAGGAUGCUUAUCAUGUCAUUUGUAAGCCCUGCUCUCUUCAGCUGGAAAUAUGCUGCAAAUGUGGGAAAAAGGAGGACAUUGUCAUCCCAGUGAACUCUUAUCUGGACCAAAAAGAAGAGGACACGGGCAGCAAAGGCAUAAAGUGCAAGAAGGACAUAGAGAACUUGGACAGUGAUGAUGAUGAUGAUAAUGAUGAUCAUGAUCAUGAAAAGGAGGACGGUGACCUUGAGGACAAAGAAGAUGAAGAUAGUUAAUCAGUACUGGAAGACGACGCAGAGCAAGUCACCUUCACUUCCCAAUGUGUCCCGGGUUUAAAAGGUGAAGACCUUAUAAACCUUGUAUUGAAGUUCAAACACAGCCGUCAAAUGUUCACACCAUCUUACCACAGCUCGUUUGCGCAAGACACCGGUUCUCAUUUUUCUUACAUUUUUUUUUAUGCUGUCGUUUGCUUUUUGGCAACGUUGGCGUUCCGCAGAUCUAGUGUUCUUGAUCGUUGAUCAUGUGGCAUUGAUGCAACUAUCACAGGAGUUCAUGUUUUUCCUUCCUCAUGGGCGAGUCACUGCGCUCACAAGACUAAUUUCAAUAGUAUUUGAUAUCCCUCAGGCACUGCUUUUGCCUCUUAUGACAAUGAUCACAUGUUGAUUUGCAUCUAAGUUGUUCAAAUCCACAGGCCAUCAACCUUUUUGAAACAGCGCUCCUUCUUUGCUUCUGAUGAAUGCAAAGGGUUACCAGUUUGAUACACCCUUCUGAAAUAAUGCUCAAAUGAUCUUUCGUGAUUUUAUGUUCAGACACUGAUCCCAUUAUCGAUUUCUCACAAUGACGUAUCGAGGUCGGAAACAGAUGGAUAUCAAUAGACAACACUUUAUUUCUAUGUUGGUGACCCAUGUUCAGCCCAGUGCUAAUAUCUGAGCCUAUUUGUAAUAAACCUUUGUUAAGUUACAUAAGUGGUGACUCAUCAACUCACAAAUUUCACUUGUCGGCACAUUUUUUUCACCCCACAAAACCACAGUGCUAAGUCUACAGCCCUAAUCUCUGACUGUCCCUAUAAUACGCCGCUCUUGCACAACUCUAGAAUCCGAAUCACCAAAAUAGUUAUAAAUAGUAAUGUUGAAACGAUUUCUUUUGGUCCAAUUUAUCACAAAAAAACUGGCCUGUGAACGAAGUGUGUUAACUUUUGAGCACAGUAUUUUUUUUUCUUUGAGGGAGUCACUCUACUUCCUCGUUUUCAUUAACCCUUUCAUGCACCCUGUAACCUGAUAACAUGAUAAGCCGUCCACUGUAGUAACCGCUAGCAGACAGUUCGUUUCCUGAAAUAACCUUCAUACAGCUAGUGGGGUUCUUGAAAAUCUCAUUGUAUUGCGUAACCAUACAAAAGUCCACAUUAUAGAUGAUGUAUAAACGGUAUUGUGAUAUUAUGAAGCUAGAACACGCACCACACAUUAAUUUUGAAAUUAAAAGAGUAAUUACACUCUUGACAACAUU